UAUUGCUUUAUUUUCGGGUCAUUACUUGAGAUGUCUAAAAUUAGGAAAAAUCUUUUUAGGUGAAUAAUAUUCCCAAGAGUAGUAUAGUUGCAUUUUGCCAGAGAGGCACUCAUAGAGAGAUAUUCGUAAAGAUAAGCUUUUAUUUUUUUGGCUCAUAAAAAAAACAUACUUUUUUGUUCUCUCUCGAGAGAUAAGCCACCAAAGGGUUUUCAAUUUCUGCAAAACUUUGAAUAAAAAAGUAAUUUUUAUCCCUAAAAAGAUUUGGGUUUUUUUUUAUGCUUAUUGGCAAAGAAAAGGUUUUAGGGUAGUUUUUUUUUUUUGAGCUGAGAGAUGUCUGGUUCUGUUUCUGGUGGUGGUGGUUCUAAUGGUGGUGGUGGUGGUUGUAGUAUUGUAUGGUUUAGAAGAGAUCUUAGGGUUGAAGAUAAUCCAGCUUUAGCUGCAGCUGUAAGAGCUGGUCCUGUGAUUGCUGUGUUUGUUUGGGCACCAGAGGAAGAAGGACACUAUCAUCCAGGUAGGGUUUCUAGGUGGUGGCUCAAGAACAGUUUGGCUCAGCUUGAUUCUUCUCUUAGAAGUCUUGGUACUUGUCUCAUCACCAAGAGAUCUACUGAUAGUGUUGCUUCUCUUCUUGAGGUUGUUAAAUCCACUGGUGCUUCUCAGAUCUUCUUCAACCAUUUAUAUGAUCCAUUAUCCUUGGUGCGUGAUCACCGUGCUAAAGAUGUUUUGACGGCACAAGGCAUAGCGGUUCGAUCAUUCAACGCAGAUUUGCUUUACGAGCCAUGGGAGGUGACUGAUGAAUUAGGCCGUCCUUUCUCUAUGUUUGAUGCGUUUUGGGAAAGAUGCCUUAGCAUGCCUUAUGACCCUGAGUCUCCUCUUCUCCCACCUAAGAAGAUCAUUUCAGGGGAUGUAUCUAAAUGUGUUCCGGAUCCAUUGGUAUUUGAAGAUGACUCAGAGAAAGGAAGCAAUGCACUUCUGGCUCGAGCUUGGUCUCCUGGAUGGAGUAAUGCUGAUAAAGCUCUCACAACGUUCAUAAACGGACCAUUGAUUGAAUACUCUAAGAACCGCAGAAAAGCUGAUAGUGCCACAACCUCGUUUCUUUCUCCACACUUACAUUUUGGGGAAGUGAGUGUGAGAAAAGUUUUCCAUCUGGUUCGGAUCAAACAGGUCGCUUGGGCAAACGAAGGAAACGAGGCUGGGGAAGAAAGCGUGAAUCUUUUCCUGAAAUCUAUUGGUCUCAGGGAGUAUUCUAGAUACAUCAGUUUUAACCAUCCUUACUCACAUGAAAGACCUCUUCUUGGCCACCUAAAGUACUUCCCUUGGGCAGUGGAUGAGAACUAUUUCAAGGCAUGGAGACAAGGCCGGACUGGAUACCCUUUGGUCGAUGCUGGGAUGAGAGAGUUAUGGGCUACUGGUUGGUUGCAUGAUCGCAUAAGAGUAGUUGUCUCAAGCUUCUUUGUUAAAGUUCUUCAGUUGCCAUGGCGAUGGGGGAUGAAGUAUUUCUGGGACACCCUUCUUGAUGCGGAUUUAGAAAGUGAUGCUCUUGGUUGGCAAUACAUUACUGGUACUCUCCCGGAUAGCCGGGAGUUUGAUCGCAUAGAUAACCCUCAGUUCGAAGGGUACAAGUUUGACCCGAAUGGUGAAUACGUAAGGAGAUGGCUUCCAGAACUCUCUAGACUCCCUACAGACUGGAUACAUCAUCCGUGGAACGCACCUGAGUCUGUGCUUCAAGCUGCUGGUAUUGAACUUGGAUCAAACUAUCCUCUACCAAUUGUAGGAUUAGAUGAAGCAAAAGCACGGCUUCACGAAGCGCUUUCACAGAUGUGGCAACUAGAAGCUGCUUCAAGAGCUGCUAUAGAGAAUGGAUCAGAAGAAGGACUUGGAGAUUCUACUGAAGUGGAAGAAGCUCCUAUUGAUUUUCCCAGGGACAUCACAAUGGAAGAGACUGAACCAACCAGAGUCAACCCAAUCAGGAGAUAUGAGGAUCAGAUGGUUCCAAGUAUUACUUCUUCUUUGAUCAGACCUGAAGAGGAGGAAGAGUCGUCUUUGAAUUUGAGAAAUUCAGUAGGAGAUAGCAGAGCAGAGGUUCCAAGGAACAUGGUUAACACCAACCAAGCUCAGCAGCCAAGAGCAGAACCGGCAUCAAACCAAGUCACUGCUAUGAUUCCAGAAUUUAAUAUCAGACUUGUUGCAGAGAGCACUGAAGACUCAACAGCGGAAUCUUCCAGCAGCGGAAGAAGAGAGAGAGACGGAGGCAUAGUGCCCGAGUGGUCUCCGGCCUACUCAGAACAGUUCCCUAGUGAAGAAAAUGGGAUUGGUGGAGGAAGUACCACAUCUAGCUACUUGCAGAAUCACCAUGAAAUACUCAACUGGAGACGGCUUUCACAAACCGGGUAAAAGGGGCAAAUCGAAGUGCAGAAGGAGAGGAACUUGACAAGGGAUGUAACUCUGGUUAAACCUGGUUGGACUGUAAACAGAGUAUACAUUUGGUAUGCUUUAAUGUAAUGGAGCUGGAGAAAAACUUUGUAGGAGCUUUGUCUGAUGUACAUUUUUUAUUUCUCUGGUUCCCAUAUUGUUAUAAUACACUGUAUAGUAAGUAUGUUACUUGUGGUAUUAGACCAGGUCUCAUACUUGUUGGCUUUCAAAGUUUUGGUUAUAGUCAAACACAUACCAAUUCUUAAUCUUAAACUCAUAUAUAGUUCGCAUU